AUGUGUAGAAGAGUAGAUUGUGGAAAGUGUACUAAACCAACUUGGGCUGGAUGUGGUCAACAUAUUGAAAGUGCUCUAUCAGGAGUACCAGUUGAUGAAAGAUGCAAAUGUCCAAGAUCAUGA